CCCCGCAGGAACAAGGAAGUUGAAAACCAUUGGCCUCCUGUGAAUGAGAUCCGCCUCGGCAGGUGGAUGUGCCCGGCUAUCCCCUGAAAAGAGGGUCCAGUGAGCCCAGGCGUCAGGAUCGUGUCACAGUGGACAACAACAACAUGGGACUGCUGUCUGACCCGAACAGACGACGGGCCCUGCUCGGCCUGCUCACCCGCCUCAAUGCCCCGAUCUGUGUUGUCUGCUACAUGGCGGGCGUGGCCUGGUUCAUGGGUUUGGCCUUUGAGCCAUUCACUCUGCGGACGUACAUGUCAGAGAACGCCAUGGGCUCGACCAUGGUGGAGGAGCGGUUUCCGGCGGGGGAGAGGGCGUUGGCCACCGGCAGAGAGUUUGCAGCUCAUAAGAAGAAGACCGGCGGGAUGCCUGUGGAUUGGUUGGUGAGGACGAUGCAGGCUCGAGGGCUCGAGGUGUUCACACAGAGCUUCUCUCGCACGCUUCCCUUUCCUGAUGAAAACAAAGAGAGAUAUAUGGUUAAAGGCACGAAUGUGUAUGGGAUCCUUCGGGCCCCUAGAGCUCCAAGGACUGAAGCCCUUGUGCUGAGCGCUCCCUGCAGCCCGGGUGAUGAAAACAACCAGGCUGUAGGACUGCUGCUUGGUUUGGCACAGUACUUCAGGAAUCAGAUUUUCUUGGCCAAGGACGUAAUCUUCCUCGUGAAUGAGCACGAUCUGAUUGGUAUGCAGGCCUGGCUGGAGGGCUACCACCACACCAACACUACAGGUAUGGACUGGUCUCCGCUGCAGGGCCGUGGCGGUUCAAUCCAGGCAGCUCUGUCCCUGGAGCUGAGCAGUGACAUCAUCACCAGUUUGGACCUGGUCCUUGAAGGCCUCAAUGGCCAGUUACCCAACCUGGACUUGGCCAACCUCUUCUAUGCCUUCUGCCAGAAGAUUGGAGUCCUCUGCACCAUCCAGGGCAAGCUCCAGAGGAACGACUGGGACAGUGUGUCUGGUUACAGCCACGCAGUCCAGACCAUGAUGCUGAUGGUGAUGAAGCAGGCCAGCGGGCGUCCUUGGGGAGAUCACGGCCUGUUCCUGCGCUACCACAUUGAGGCCGCCACCAUCAAGGGUAUCAACAGCUUCCGCCAGUACAAGACUGACGCCACCACAAUCGGCAGGCUUCUGGAAGGAAUGUAUCGUAAGCUGAAUAACCUCCUGGAGCGCCUGCACCAGUCCUACUUCUUCUACCUCAUGCCGUCACUCUCUCACUUUGUCUCCAUUGGUUACUACAUGCCUGCCUUCGGCCUGCUCGCCGUCAUCCUGUUGCUCCGUGCCUUAGACCUGUGGGUUCAACUUAUGACUCCACCACCGAGAACAGAAGACGGCGUCAUUGACAUCGAGCAGUCCAGUCCAGGAGUGCUGUCCGUGUUGACCCCUCUGGUGAUCAGCCACCUGACCGGAGUGGCUCUGUACAUGCUGCCCGUCCGUUUUCAAGAGAUGGCUGUCGAACACUUCCCGGUGUCCGAGACCGAGGCUGUGGUCCUGACGGCUAUUGCAGUUUACACAGCAGGGCUGGCUUUGCCUCAUAAUACACACAGACUCCUGGCGGGCGAGGGGACGGAGCAGGGCUGGCGGGUGCUGAAGCUGGUCGCGGUGCUCUACCUGGCCGUGCUGUUGGGCUGCACCGCCCUCAUCAACUUCUCCCUGGGCUUCAUCCUGGCUCUCACCCUGGUGCCCGUGGCCGCCUUCGUCACACCUCACGUCCCAAAGGUUUUGUCGGCUUUCAUCUUGGUCAUCCUCAGCCCGGCCUGCACGCUCCUCUUUUCCGUGUUUUUCUUCCAAGAGCUACAGGAAAUGCCCGUCAGCUUCCAGGAUGGUUGGGUGCUCUACCUUUCCGUCAUCUCGCAGGGCAUCCUGGACCACGUGCUGUACGGCUCUCUGGUCUACCCACUGAUCGCCCUGUUGGUCUAUCCUUGCUGGCUGCUCUUCUGGAACAUCCUCUUCUGGAAGUAGAUGCCAGUCAAGCAGGACUUUGAGGGCUUUUGUGGAAAGAAAAGCCCUCUGGGGUGUUUCUCAGGUUUGUCUUCAGCAGUAGGAACGUGAAGAGUGACAGUUAAAUCCACAGGAGAGAUUUUAAAGGAAGAUAAAUAUGCAUAAUUGACUUGGAAAGACUGCAGUGACUUGUUUUUUGUUGUUGUUGGUAUUUUAAGUAUUUCAUUCUUUAACACAGGUGAAAAAAUCUGGUCCCCUCGAUAAAUUCAGCAGAAUGUUCUCCAACAUCUCACAAAUAAUUAAGUUGAAGAGGUUAUGAUCUUUUCACAUGUAACUAUGAAUGUCCUGGUUGGGCUGCCUUCUGUACAAAAUAAUAUGGUGUAACAGUUUCUUUGUAAAGAUUUGUUCGGGGACACUUAAGGACAAACACUGCACUGUUUUUAUGUUUUAGUUUUUUUUUUGCAAUGGUGGAAGACGUUUCAACUGCAACAACGUGGUUUAUUCUGAGGGUUAAGGUAAGAAACUCAUUGUUUGAUUAAUUCCCUGCGUCCAUUUAAGCCGUUUAUGAACCCUGUAUCUGUUGAACAAGCCCCCAUCACUACAUCUGAUACUUUUAUACUUGUUUUGAUAACCUUCUUUGUUUGUUUUCUAUUUAUGAAUACCAAAAUAAAAGAUGGGAAAAGUUUGCUUCCCAUGUUUGGAGCAUGA